GGCUCAGUUCAUAACUAGCGGAGCUGCUGGCCCUAAUAGUAUCCAGUUCUGUUCUUAUUAAAGCGAGCUUAGCAGUACAGCAUCCCACUCUCCCGCCUCCUUCCGCUCUUGUCGUCGGUUCUAGUUCUUCUUCGUCGUAUAUGGGCGCCCUCGGUAACGGGGGUUUCUGGUGGAAUUUUCCGGCGGGUGAAGGGAGAGGUGACCGCUGUAAACGCAGGCGGAAGUGCAAGUCCUCUUCAUCUGACUCGAUCAACCUCCGAGAAGAAAGGGGGUGGCCGCAUUUCGACUUCCCUGUGAAGCAGGCGGCCAUCGCUGCCUCCCUCGCUCUAACUGGAGACACCAUUGCACAGUUCAGAGACCGGAUUUUCGGGCGAGGCCGAUCUCAACUGGAUGUGGACGCAAAGGAAGCAUCUUUUUGGUCAAAUCAUGAUUGGCUUAGAUCUCUACGGAUGGCUUCCUAUGGAUUUCUUUUGUAUGGCCCAGGCUCUUAUGCAUGGUACCAAUUGCUAGACCAAUUUAUGCCCAAACAAACAUUUAUUACACUCUCAACAAAGGUCAUAUUAAACCAGAUUGUACUUGGCCCAUGUGUUAUUGCUGUUAUUUUUGCAUGGAACAAUUUAUGGUUAGGAAAGUUAUCCGAGCUUCCGGCUAAGUAUCAAAACGACGCCCUUCCCACACUCCUCUAUGGCUUUAGGUUUUGGAUUCCUGUUACCAUUUUGAACUUUGGGAUAGUGCCUCUCCCUGCUCGUGUCGCCUUCAUGUCAACCUGCUCCAUAUUUUGGAACUUCUAUUUAUCUUCAACUAUGAGCAGGUGAUAUUGCAGAAGUGAGGUGGAAGCUGCUCAUCAGUUUCUGCUUUCAUUACAAAACGCUUGAUUGGCUUAUAUGUUGUGUAUGAGCCUGUAAAAAAAAUGGAGAUGCAGAGUCCCCUUUCAAAUAAAUUGUAUUGCCAAGUUGAGACUGAAACAGGGCCUUGUAAUUUUUUGUCAAUGUAAAUUUUUUUACUUUUUUU